AUGAAUCGUUUAGCGUUCAACUGCUUGAAACAUUUCAUUUUAGCUCUUGUUAUGCUUAUUCUCCAGUACAGUUGUCGUUUGUCUGUUGCUGCUGGUGACACCCUUUCGAUGGGGGCUUCUCUGAGGGAAAAGCAGACCAUCAUUUCAAAGAAUGGCACUUUUGAAUUGGGAUUUUUCAGUCCCAAUGGAACCAACAAAUGGUAUGUAGGCAUCUGGUAUGCCCAUAUCUCUGUCAAGACCAUAGUUUGGGUGGCUAAUAGAGAAACUCCCAUCAGAGACAUGCCCGGGCUUUUUACGCUCUCUUCAACUGGUUAUCUCACUGUCUCUGAUUUGCAAGAAAAAGUCAUGUGGUCGAGUAAUAAUACUCAGCAAACAAAGGCAUCCAGGGCUUCCAUACUCGACACUGGUAAUUUUGUUCUCUUUGGCGCCCAAAACACCUCUGAGAUUGUGUGGGAGAGCUUUGGAGAUCCCACAGAUACACGUUUGCCUACGAUGAAGCUUUGGAAAGGCAUGAAAGUGAACUCUUGGAAGAGUUCGGUAGAUCCAGCGCCUGGGCCCUUCUUUUACCAAAUCAAUCCAUCCCCAGGAAAAACUGACCUUAUAAUGCAGUAUAAAAAUGGUAUUUUAUAUUACAGUACGGGAGAAUGGACUGGUAAGUACUUUGCCAAUCUGCCAGGGACUCAAUGGACUGGUAAUAUAAAGCUGGAAUUCGUGGUGUUUUCCCCCACAAAAAUGUACUACACAUAUAAGGUUGAACCCAAGGCUAGUACGAUGAUGUUGAGAAAUGUUCUCAACUGGAACGGACAGGAGGUAAUCUACUCUUGUACUGAUAAUAAUAGCUGGACCCCGAUCUGGUAUCAACCGCGAACAAGCUGUGGCGUGUACGGUGUAUGCGGCCCGUAUGGAGUGUGUUUUACCCAAGCAAACAUUGAGUCAUGCAGAUGUAUGGAAGGCUUCCACCCAAGAAACCCUACUGCCUGGAGUUCUCAGGAAUGGUGGUCAAGCGGUUGUGUUCGGCGUACUCCAUUAAACUGUGCCGCCACCAAUGGCAGUGGCAGUGGCACCACGGAUGGUUUCCUCCAAGUUACUGAUAAGUCUCUAUCUGAUAAAGAGCCUUUUCAAAUUAUGUCAGACUCGACUCUACGAGGAUGCAAAACUGCUUGUCUUAACAAUUGCUCCUGA